AUGAUGCCCGACAAACGCAAAGCAUCCAUGUCUGAGCCCUCGAACAAGCGACUUCGCAUCUCGAAUGAAGAUGCAAGUGACACUGCCUCCUCCACAUCAACCCAGACCCAUGAGCGACCUCGUAACAACCCUGUCUUUGGGCAGAAGAGCGCAUUCCCCGGGCUGGACGACGGCGGUGAUGAGCUGUUCUACGGGUCUGCAGACGAUGGAAUGGAGUAUCUGCGCAUGGUCCGAUCUGAAGCCAAUUCAUUGCCCUCACUUUUUACCGCACCGGUCGCUGUAAGAAUAAUUGAAAACCCAGAAUCCACUACACAGCCAGAAGCAGAUGCGUCACGCCUACACCGGUUCCCGGCUGGGUUCUAUGAGGACGAGGCCUACAUCGCACCUGUGGAGGCUGAUAAGCAGCCGGUCAGCGCCCCAGAUGAACGAUUUCCCGAGGCGCAAAUAUCAUACUACAACCUCCUCCGACACCGAUUUCUUCUCCUCCGAUCAACCCUGCGCUGUACCCCUCCAGCGACCGCCAUCGCCGCUCUUGACGACGCCCAUCCCAUCAGUCUCCCAGCCCGAAAUCCAGCGGCGCGUAGGGAAUGGCGGCGGUUGCUGAUGGAUGUUGACCCACAGAUGGUACAGUUAGCUUGUUUGGACUCGGAAAGUGUGCUAAGAGUGCUGAGCAUCCUGGCCAGAGGGUUGAGUGAGAAUAUACGAGGCGGAGACCCCGAUCUGGUUCGACGGGUUGGCGCAUGGGCCUGGGGCUUAUUGGGAAGGUGUCGCGAGGUCGGAGAGCUGGCAACGGAUCAAGUAGGAGAGCUACGCGGUCUAGGCAAACGCGCCGCGAAGAUUCUGCUUAGGAUGCAGGAGACGGAGUUCAAGCGAGCUGCUGAGGAUAGCGAGGCGUCUGAUUCAGAUGAUGGAGAUGGCGAGGAGGCUCAGCGAGAGAAGGAGGCUCAAGGCGAAGGUCAGGGAGAGGAGGGCCUGGAGGCCCAGGAUGCGGACAUGCCCGAUGCCGAUUUGUCCGCGGCGCUGGAGGCAGCCAAGUUACGAUUACAAGCCAAGUUGCAGAGUGACGCCGCCCCAGAAGUUACUGAUGAGAGAGAUCAAGCGGAACCCGGGGACUCGGUUCAACAAGCGCGGGUCCUGCUCGACAUGAUCAUCACAAUCGUGGGCGAGUUCUUUGGCCAGCGGGAUCUGCUAGAUGCACGCGAGGUCUGGAUCCGAGACGAAGCUGUGGAUGAGAUGUGA